GCCAACAACUUCAUACUUCCUGUUUCGGAUUAGUGUUAGGUGAGGUGGGAUGAUAACAAGGCGAGUAUGAGAACAGGGCGAGAAUGACAACAGUGCUCGUAAAAUGAAUAUGUCAGGCUCAAUACAUUCCACGUUUCAAUUUAACGUCUUGUAGCUAAUGACAGGAAAGAGUGAAAGGCCUCACCAUGCCUAGCUCCCUCCUGUGGGCGGUGGACGUUUACGGUCGCGUAUACAGCUUGUCCACAGCGUGUCAGCUGUGGGAACAGUGCCGCGAUGCGCACCUGGAGUUCAAGCGCGUGACAUCCGUGCAGCAGUGCUGCUGGGGCAUCGCCUGCGACCACAACAUCUACCUGAACGUCCACGCCAGCGACCUGCCCAUACGCUAUCAGGAGGAGACCUUUGAGAACCAGAGGUGGAACCCUGUGGACGGAUUCUCUGAUCGCCUGUUGCCAAGCGACCGCUGGCAGUGGAGUGAUGUCACUGGGCUCGAUCACCAGCCACUGGAGAGUUUCCAGCUGCCUUCGGAAAGCUGGGAAUGGGAAGGCGACUGGUACGCGGACGAGAACAUUGGAGGAGAACCCACAGACAAAACGGGUUGGACAUAUGCCAUAGAUUUUCCAGCCACCUACACCAAAGACAAGAAGUGGAACUCCUGUGUCCGUCGCCGGCGAUGGAUUCGGUACAGGAGAUACAAAGCCAGGGACACCUGGGCCAAGCUCCGUGCAUGCAUUCAAUCCCAGAUUCCCUCGGAGGAGACUGGGCCCUUGCCCGACCCGUUUAGUGACAUUAGCUGCGGGGGCUGGGAGGUCAGUGAAGAGCCCGCCGGUCGUCUCUCCCUGUGGGCCGUCUCUCUGCAGGGCAAGGUGUGGUUUCGGGACGGAAUCCGCCACGACAAUCCGGAAGGUUCCGUGUGGGAGGAGGUGAGCAUUCCAGGGGAGGUGGUGCAGAUCAGCUGUGGCCCAGUGGACCUGGUGUGGGCCGUGCUGUGGGAGGGGCAGCUCCUGGUCAGGGAGGGCAUCGGCCGAGACUGCCCCAAAGGGAGCUCCUGGGUGGUGGUGGAUUCGCCCAGCCCAGAGGUGGGAGCCAUCCAUGUAGCAGUGGGGGUUAACGUGGUGUGGGCCAUCACAAAGGAUCACAAAGUGUGGUUCAGACGGGGCGUGAACUCCCAUAAUCCGUGUGGCUCGGGCUGGAUUGGCAUGGUGGGGGAGAUGGUGAUGAUUAACGUGGGCCUCAACGACCAGGUGUGGGGCAUCAACUGUGAGGACCGGGCGGUGUACUUCCGCCAGGGCGUGACGAGCAGUGAGCUGAGCGGUAAGGCCUGGAAGGCGGUGUCUGUUCCCCGCGACAGUGACCGCUCCCACUCCAGCGCCAGCACCAAUAGCAUGCACAGCGCUGGCUGUUUCUUUGGGGGAGAGGUGCGGAUUCAGUCCCAGGGUUCGGUCCUGAGUGACCUCGACUCGGACUCGGAGCGUGCCCCAGGGGGGGGGCUCCUUUCUGACCCAGAAGCCCCUGCUGCUGUUGCUGCUGUUGAUGCUGCUGCUGCUGCUGCUGCUGCUGCUGCUGCUUCUGGUGCUGUUGCUACCAGCAACGCCGACGUGGACAUCCCCAAACCACGCAUCCCCAAAGUCACCAGCGACAGCUUCAUCUCCGAGCUGGUGUCGGACCGCGAGGGCCAGGUGGGCCGACGCGACGGCCCCCCCUCUGGCCCGUCCAUCCCAGAGGAGGAGGGCGCAGAAAGGGACGAGGAGAGCAAGGAGCCCCCCACCCUGGUGCUCUCCGCCAGCCAGUCGGUCGGGCUGCAGGACCCCCAGUGGAGCAACGUGGACCUAGAGGAGGCGCAGACGCACCUGGCCGUGGGGCCCCCGGCGGAGGCGGCCGACACCUGCAGCCUGUCGUCGGUGGCCACCUACCACCUGGGCCUGGAGGAGCUGUACGGGCCCGACGAGCACCCGCUCUGGGCCUGGGUGAGCGGGGGAGGCUGCUCCGUGGACUCGCACACCCAGCUCAACUGGUUCAACUCCACAGGCAUGGCUUCAUCGGCGCAGUCCAUGUCCUUGUCCAUCACCCCUGCUCAGUCAGCUGCAUGGCGCAAGCAGAUCUUUGAGCAGCUCAGCGAGCGGUCCAAGAGGGAGAUGGAGAACUUCAGACACUACGAGCAGGCCAUCGAACAGAAUGUUAGUGCUCCUUCAGAGGACGUUGGAGAAGCACUGAGUCACAGAAAAGGAUCGGUGUGGGUGAAGAAGGGUGCCAUGCAGUGGUGGAGAGACUGGAAGCCUCCUAAGUGGGUGGACGUGCGCUUCGCACUGGAGCAGUUCUCCGGUGUCGAGGGCAACAAAGACGGCAUCCUUUUCAUAUACUACACCUUUAACGAGGAGAAGAAGUAUCUCCAUGCGUUUGUGAAUGAGGUGACCAUCCUGGUGCCCGUCUUGAAUGACACCAAGCACACCUUUGCCAUCUACACGGCUGAGAGGACCAAGCAAAGGUGGCCCAUCCGCCUGGCAGCGCCAACCGAGCUGGAGAUGCAUGACUGGCUGGCUCUUCUCAGUGUGUCGUGCUGCGACUCGCGAGGGAUCCAUGGUCCACCCUCCAAGCAGGCCAUCUGGUCCCUGACCUGCAAGGGGGACAUCUUCGUCAGUGAGCCCACGCCAGAGCUGGAGGCAUCACUCUAUCCCACACCCUGUGAUCAGAUGUUCUGGCGUCAGGUGGGGGGUCACCUCCGCAUCAUCGAGUGCAACAGCCUGGGCGUGGUCUGGGGUGUCGGCUACGAUCACACAGCCUGGGUCUACACCGGCGGCUACGGAGGCGGAUUCUUCCAGGGGCUCGCCAGCAGCACAGAUAACAUCUAUACGCAGACGGAUGUCAAGAGUGUCUACAUCUACGAGAACCAGCGAUGGAACCCGGUCACCGGAUACGCUAACAAGGGUCUCCCUACUGACCGUUACAUGUGGAGUGAUGCCUCAGGCCUGCACGAGUGCACCAAGGCCAACACCAAGCCCCCCUCCCCACACUGGACCUGGGUGAGUGACUGGGCUAUUGACUACAGUGUCUCAGGAGGGACAGACAGAGAGGGCUGGCAGUAUGCUGCAGAUUUCCCAGCGUCAUACCAUGGGCACAAAACCUUGAAGGACUUUGUGCGCCGGAGGCGCUGGGCCAGGAAGUGUAAACUGGCUACCACGGGCCCCUGGCUGGAAGUCCCGCCCAUCGCCCUGAGUGACAUCACCAUCCUCCCGUGUGGCGCUCAGAGCACACAUGAGCAGGUGCCCCUCUGGGCCAUCAGCAACAAGGGGGACGUCCUGUGCCGUCUGGGGGUCACCACACAGACCCCUGCCGGAACCUCCUGGCUGCACGUCGGCACGGACCAGCCCUUCAAGUCCAUCUCCAUCGGCACCGUUCACCAGGUCUGGGCCAUCGCCCGUGACGGCUCCACCUUCUACCGAGGCUCUGUGUCCGCUCAGAACCCCGCAGGGGACUGCUGGUACCACAUUCCUCCCCCGGCCAAACAGAAACUCAAGCAGGUCUCUGUCGGCAGGACGUCCGUUUACACCGUUGAUGAGAACGGAAACCUGUGGUACAGACACGGCGUGACCCCCAGCUACCCUCAGGGCUCCACAUGGGAGCACAUCUCCAACAACGUGCGCAAAGUCUCCCUGGGGCCACUGGACCAGGUGUGGAUCAUCGCAGACAAAGUGCAGGGGAGUCACAGCCUGAGCUGUGGGACGGUGUGCCGGCGGCUGGGUGUGCAGCCAAUGGAGCCCAAAGGCCAGUCGUGGGACUACGGCAUCGGGGGGGGUUGGGACCACAUCACCGUGAGGGCCAACUCCACAGAGGCCCCCCGGAUCAGCAUGGCGGCGGCAGCGGUGGCGGCGCCGCCACACGACGGCCUCGCCCAACAGACACCCCCGCGCAGCCCCCUGCCCCCGCGAAGCCCCCUACCCACCCGCAGCCAGGAGACCGAAAUCAACGGCGACGCCAUCGGCUGCUAAGACCCCUCGCAGACAGCAGAAAGCCCAUCUCCUCCACACACCACUGUAGCUGUACCCAACCCUGUCAAUGUUGACCAACACACCUCUACUAUCCAUUCCCUGGAGCAUACCAACACAUGGCAGGGGGGGGUUCAUCUCUGAGUUGAAGCCAACCAUUUGUGAUUGCCACUACAUGAUUUAAGUCCAGCAUAGAUGGCCACUACACGAUUUAAGUCCAACUUAAAUGGAUGGCUGCUAUUAUUUAUACCACAUUAGACAUAUGUUUUGGACACAAAUACACAUAUAAACACUUGGUUUUUAUAAGGUGCUGGAAAACGAUACUUUUGAAAACGAUAUUUUCUCACCAACACAUGCAUUCCUCCUGGCGUUUUCUCACUUGCUUGAUGUAGUCAGGCGACUUCCACUAUCCCCUCUCCAUUUCAGAUCAGCUACUUCCAGUACCUUGUGUUCCUGCAGACUGAUCACUUGAUGGUUUCACCCGUGUUUCGUUAGUAGUUGGUCUUAUAUUGAUACAGUGUUUAUUUCACGUGAAUGUGGUUUUGUGAGCAUUUUCUGUUGUGUUGGUUUGUUUUGUCUGUUUAGUAAUAUGGGGCCAUGCAAUGCGAGACAUGCUAACAGUAUGACUGAGUUGUAUAGAGAGAUCAGUCUUAGGCUUACAGUUGAUAAGGUUAGGAUCAACACCUCACCAACCAGUCUGUCUGUCUGUGUGACUGAAGGAAGCGUUACAUUAUUGUUUAUUCAGUGGCUGUAUCUUUGUUGUGGCUACAAGGGCAUUUCUGUUUUCAGUCAGGUUAUUUAAUGUGUAAAGAAUUACUGCCUUUACCAAAUGCAGUUCAAACCCAGUUUCAAAGGUGUAAGGCUUGAAACUUUAGGUGAUGUAGACAGUUUUUGUUUGAGGCUUGCAGUGGCUCUCAUGUACAGCCUUUCUUUGUGUCAUGGCCACUGAUGUCUGCCUCCUUUGCUUCCCUGUUACUGACAGACAUGUCUGUCUCUCUCUCUCUCUUUCUGUAGCCUUAGCAACGUGACUUGCACUCGCUGUCAGCAGAAUUUUUAGAUAUUUAUCUUCAUGCUGUGGGUUGAAGACGUUUUGAAAGGGUGCAGUUAUCCAUUAACAGCAGUUGAAAUUGUGGCACACCUCUGGGCAUGUGUGAAAUUAAUUUUGUAACAAGGCACCUGACCCUGUUGGGUAUUUGAGCAAAGGAUGUGAAAUAUGUUCUUUUAAUUGAUAAUGUGCAGUGUGUAAUGUGCAAAAUCUACAAGACAGUGUAAACCAUUACUCCACUCAGGAAUUAUUUAGACUUCCUCAAAAUGAAAACGUUUUGCUGAUUUAAAAGACUCGAUUUGAUUGUAUUAGGACCAGAAACAAAAUGGUAGCACAAAUGCUUGUAAAGGGUUAUAAAAGGAUCCAUGUAUUUUUUGGUAUAAGUGUUUUAUUAUUUGAAUAUUAGUUGGAUUGAUAGCCAAACAAAAAGUCGAGUCAUUGUAUUGGAGGAUGUUCUUUUGAGUACUGUAUAAAGGGAAGCCUCUGUAAAACUGUGAAAUGUGGAAAAAAUGAAGCAUUUUCUGAGCUGCAUGAUGGCAGGUUGGGGCAUUAUCUGGCAUUACUGCUGUAAUUAUUGAAUCCUGGCUUUUUCUUCUGUGAAUAUGUGCGUGUAAAGCCAAAAGAACUGAAUGACUCAACUUUGGAAGGAAAGCAAAGUAUAUUAGUUGGCACUCGGCGUGAUAAAGCUACGUCAUCCACUGGACAAGACAGAGUAGUGCUAUGACCAUAGCCAGCUAGCUAUGCUAGCCAUCCACAUUUCUCCCUUUCACACAAGGGAGGCAUUAGCACCAUGUUUUGUGAAUCUGUCCACAUUCCAAGCUAAACGUGAUAUUGUAUGCAUUUGUGAUUGUAGAGGACAUGUCAUAGUUCUCUUUGGUUUUAUUCUUAAUUUAUUCCUUUUAAAAUAACAAAGUGGGACAAGGAUGUUGUACCGUAGUUAACCCUAGAGUACAGUGUACUCGUGAAAAAAAAAAAAAGACGUGCAUGGUUUGUCCUCUCAAUAAAUGAGUGUUAUCAAUCUG